UGGCGUUGCGUCACUAUGAAAGGGGACACGAGACGUUUCGUAUAUUGAUUUGAGAUCUCGUUUCAUGUAACGUUUAAACAGUUUGUUCUUUAUAUGGCAAAAUGUUAAAACAUGGUGACGUCUUUUGUAGUAUUCAGGUCAAUGAUUUCGUAACAUUUGUCAUCGAGGGACACUGACGUAUAAUCGGGUUGCCUCCUCUCGUCCAGUGACAAGAUGCCAAUAGACAGAAUGAGAAUGCGCCCCUGGCUGGAGCAGCAAAUUACAAGCGGGCUCAUUCAGGGUCUUCAUUGGGUCAAUGAGGAGAAAAGGAUAUUUCAGAUACCCUGGAUGCAUGCAGCUAGGCAGGGAUGGGAUUUGGACAAGGAUGCACCUUUAUUUAUGAACUGGGCCAUUCACACAGGAAAAUACCGUCCUGGUAUUGACAAACCAGACCCUAAAACAUGGAAGGCAAACUUUCGCUGUGCAAUGAAUUCUUUACCAGACAUUGAGGAGGUGAAAGAUAAAAGCAUUAAAAGAGGAAGCAAUGCUUUCAGAAUGUAUAGGAUGCUCACUCCGACUGAAAAAGCUGUGAAGAAAGGCAAGAAAAAGAUUGACCUAGAGCAAAGAUCAAGGAGGGUUUUUCAGAAACGGAAAGCAAGCACUCCUCGAAAAUAUAAAAUGCUAAAACAACAAGAGGGGAUGAAGGAAGAAACGGAAAUCCGGCCAGACAGCACUGUUCUAUUUGCUGAGCACGAUUACUACCCCAUGCCCACAUCACCUAUAAGGCAGAUGACUGUUGGAGAACUAACUGAUGUGUGUGCAGUUGUUGAGGUCGGCACAGCAGAUGAAGAUCUUUCUAUUAGUUCUACUGAAGGGUCUUAUCCUCUCCAUGAUUCACAUAUUUCAUCAUGCAGCGAUAGUGACACAGAGAGCACACACAGUGAAGAUGAUUUUUUGCAGCUUCCUCAGGACUUGUCUUUAAAUGCUUCGCAAAGAUCAAGUUCUGUGUUAAAAAUCCCUCCUUCAGCUCAAUCUUCAACAUUCAGCACAUUAGGAAAAACUAAUUUUAAAGUUACCAGCUACAGAGAAGACUCACCCCUCAUUGCAUAUAAUACUGCUCCAUGGGUACCGUUCCUGCUUAACUCACAGAAUGAUGUGCAACCUUUGAACCCGACCCCUACACUGGAUCUCACCAGCAGCCCAACUCGGGCAAGUGUGACAGCAGAUGCUAUCGAUCUUUCCAUUACAAAAGGCAAAGCACAAUGCUGAAGACACAUGACAUUUACAGCCUGCUGCUAAUAAGCGAAGAUACAAAAAAACACUAACCCAAAAGUUUCACAUUGAAAAUGAAAGUUCUCAUACACUAGAUUCUAGUGUUUGUGUUUAUCUUUAAAAACCAGAGAGUUAAAUCGACAAUAUUUUUUCUGAAACUGCAAAACACUACCUCAUUCUGUUAUCUUACUAAAUAUGCAACAUGUAUACCUACCUCUUAGAUGUGUGAUUCAUUUACUAAUGAAGUUUUGGGAGUGUAACAAAGUACAAGGCAGCAUUUCACAUGUGCUGAAUUGAAGAGUCAGACAGCAGCUGAAACAAAUGACGUUAGUUGCUAAACAUUCUAUUAAAAAAUAUGACAUUUUAUAGGUAUAAUAACACAAUACUGAGAUUAUGAUUGAAUUGAAUAAGGAUUUUUAUGUGUAUUUUCAUAUGAAUUUGCUACAUCAGCUUGGAUUGACUUUUUGGUAAAUUUUAUGAAUUAUUAUAUUCAAUUGUUGGGAGAAACAUUGUGUCAGUUUAAGAUCAGCACUCAAAUGUCUGUUGGUACUAUACUUGAAUAGAAGUUUACUACAACUUUUUCAA